AUGUGCAAAUCUCGAGUUCACAGUUUCCUCAAAGCUCUACCCAAGGUUGAGCAGCACCUCCACAUCGAAGGAACGCUUGAGCCCGAGCUUCUCUUCGCUCUUGCUGAGAAGAACGGCAUUAAGCUUCCAGAAGACCCUGUCUAUGAAUCUGCCAACAAGCUGAGAGAGCGCUAUGGACGAUUCACAUGUCUGGAUGAUUUCCUGCACUAUUACUACCUCGGAAUGAGCGUGCUCAUUACCGAGAGCGACUUCGAAACUCUCGCAUACCAGUACUUCCAAAGAGCUGCUAGCGAGAAUGUUCGUCAUGCUGAGAUCUUCUUUGAUCCCCAAGCCCAUAUUGUCCGAGGUGUCAGCUACGAUACCGUCGUUGCCGGUCUCACUGCUGCCAAGCAACGUGCCCAGAAGGAUCUGGGUAUCACCGUCGAGCUCAUUGUCUGCAUCCUUCGUCAUCUCCCUGUUCCCGAGUCCCAUGCUCUUGUCGACACUCUCCUCGAUCGAGGACAUUUCAAUGAUGGCACCCUAACAGGCUUCGGCAUGGUAUCUAGCGAAAAGGCUUUCCCUCCUGAGCUCUUCACCGAGGUCUACGCCCGUGUAGCAAAGACUGGUACACGUCUCACCACCCACGCCGGCGAGGAAGCGCCCCCUUCGUUUAUCACCGCCUCACUUGAGCAUCUCAAAGUCUCGCGUAUUGACCAUGGCCUUGCAGCUGCUCAGGACCCUGAACUUCUCAAGAGACUGGCUGCCAACCGCACACUUUUGACUUUCUGCCCCUGGUCCAAUGUCGCUCUCUGCAACCUUCCGGAGUUAGCCGACGCCCCUGUUCGCAAAUUCCUUGAUGCCGGGGUUCUUUUCAGUGUGAACAGCGACGAUCCUGCUUACUUUGGUGCCUACAUUCAGGAGGUGUACUGUCGUGUCCAGGAUACCUUUAACCUUUCUGUUAAGGACUGGGCGUGGAUUGUUCGCGGUGCAGUCGAGGAAAGUUGGUGCUCUGAAGAGCGUAAGAAAGAGAUCCUGAGGGAACUCGACCAAAUUCUUGAGGAGUACAAGGAUUUGGAGGCGUGA